UGGUCUCAAAAUUUUUAACUGAUUAAGUGACCAAAUGGACAUCGUAAAGUCAGUGCAGAAUUACAUUAAUAAGAUGGUCAAUGAAGUAACAGGCAUGAAAGUGUUACUUCUUGAUUCCGAGACGACUCCGAUUAUUUCGAACGUAAUGACCCAAUCUAGCCUCUUAUCACACGAGACAUAUCUGGUCGAUCGAAUCGAUAAUAAAAAUCGCGAUAGGAUGCGGCACCUUAAAUGCAUUUGUUUUAUAAGACCUACUAGUGAGACCAUACAGAUGUUGGUCGAAGAACUUAGAGAUCCCAGAUAUGGAGAUUAUUAUUUAUAUUUUAGUAACACAUUGAGCAAAUCAUCAAUCGAAAGAUUGGCUGAAGUAGAUGAACACGAAGUUGUUCGUGAAGUUCAGGAAUAUUUCGCAGAUUAUUGUGCGAUUAAUCCUGAUUUCUACUCUUUGAAUCUUUCUUUGCCACAAUAUAGGCUUUAUGGUGAUUCACAAAACACGUGGGAGAGUAAAACAUUUCAGCGCGUUAUUGAAGGUGUACUUGCUGUUUUACUUUCCUUAAAGAAGAAACCUUUGAUACGUUACGAGAAGAUGAGUGUUAUGGCAAAAGCACUUGCAGAAGAAGUUCACUAUAGUAUUCAAAAAGAAGGAGAGUUAUUUGUCUUCCGUCCGACGGAUACUCCGCCAAUAUUACUUAUAUUAGAUCGUCGAAACGAUCCAGUCACACCUUUGUUGUCACAAUGGACUUAUCAAGCAAUGGUUCAUGAAUUACUUGGUAUUCAUAACGGUCGUGUGGAUUUAUCUGAUGUCCCUGAUAUACGCCCAGAGUUGAAGGAAAUUGUUCUUUCCAGAGAUCAGGAUCCAUUUUACAAAAAAAAUAUGUAUUUGAAUCUUGGUGAUCUUGGUGCUAACAUUAAGUCAUAUGUUGAGGAGUAUCAAGCAAAAACUAAAUCAAGCAUAAACAUUGAAUCAAUCGCUGACAUGAAAAGAUUUGUAGAAGAGUACCCUGAAUUCAGAAAAUUAUCCGGUAAUGUGAGCAAACACGUAGCUUUGGUUAGCGAAUUAAGUCGUCUCGUGGAAAAGGAAACUCUAUUAGAAGUCAGCGAAUUGGAACAGAGUCUUGCUUGCUAUGGGCAGCACAGUAGCGAUUUAAAGAAUUUACAAAAGCUUAUAGCAAAUCCUAAAAUAUCAGAAGAUAGUAAGAUUCGACUAGUUUCAUUAUAUUCUUUGCGGUAUGAAAAAUCACCAAAUAAUGACGUUAUUUCGUUAAUUGAAUUGUUACGUCGUAAUGGUGUCAGCGAGGACAAAAUUUCCUUUAUCGGGUCAAUAAUGGAAUUCGCUGGAUCUGAUCAAAGACAAGAUGAUCUAUUCUCCAAUGAGAGUUUAUUAUCCUUUGGGAAAAAUGUUUUUAAAGGAUUGAAGGGGGUUGAGAACGUAUAUACACAACAUUCUCCACAUCUUUCGCAGACAAUUGAACUUUUAGUUAAAGGCAAACUGAAAGAAACUAGUUAUCCAUUUAUUGAAGGAUCGACUAAAGACAGGCCACAAGACAUUAUUAUAUUUAUGGUGGGUGGUGUUACAUAUGAAGAAGCUCGUCAUAUUGCUCAAAUAAAUGCAUCAGCUGCCGGCUUUCGUGUUGUAUUAGGUGGAACUACAGUGCAUAAUAGUGUUAGCUACUUGAAUGAGAUCCAAGAUGCAUUUUAUAGGUUUCCUUCGGGUGGUGGUACGGGUGCUAGGCUUGCCCGAUUUAGUAAACCUCGUAAUGGAUAUUAAAUAUGACUUUAGACAUUAAUUUUUGUAUAUUAUAUAUAAUGUAAAUCUAACAAGAUAUGAAGUAGAAUGAUUUUAAUAUUUAUUUGAUAAGCUUAUAAUGUUAUUAUUGUUAAAUUAAU